UGUCACUGAGUCUUUUAUUAGUUUUUACAGGUUCAGGUUCAGGUUCAGGUUUACAGGUGUUAGAAUCUGAUGUUUCCAGAUUCUCUCUGUCUCUGCGCAGCUCCGCGGACUGUUUGACCCUCUGCGGCCUCCGUAGCGCAGCAGGAAGUAGUUUGAGAGUUUUUGGCGGCAGCAGCUUGUUGACAACAUGGCGGACAGAGAAGAGGAGGAGGACGCUCUUCAUCCUCACCUGCUGACAGACCCUCUCCUCGCGGACAUGGACUCCCUGCAGCUGUUCCUGGAUCAGUUCCAGUUCCGCAGCGAAGCGGAGACCACGUGGUUAAAGGAGAUCUUCACCUUCAUCACUCAGCAGGUGUGUCCGGUGCUCACAGGCCCCGCCCCUCCUGCUGCUGACGAGUUACUGACAGGUGUGCGGCCUGAUGUGUGUGUGUCUCUGAGUGUGUGUGUGGUGAAGAUGCUGCAGGACAACAUGGCUGCCACACACACCUUACCUGUCAGCUACAGACUCGUGUCCGUCUCUGAGCUGGUCUCCUGGCAGCACCUGGCCUGCGUCAGUCACCUGUCCUGGAGCACCAAUCAGCAGCGAGCGUGGGCGAGGGAGGUGGAGCUCUCUCUGCCGGGUCACAAGGCUCUUCCCCGCGUCAGCCUGCUGUUGAUUGGCUGCCUGAGAGAGGGGCGGGGCGGAGAGUGGAGGCUGACGGACGCCAGCGGGAGCGUCAGGUGUGAGUGCCUGUCUCCGUCUCCUCAGUGGCUGGAUCGUCCUGUCUUCCUCCCUCACUGGAACUACAUCCCCCAUGAUGCCUCGGGGCGGGACGAGGACGGAGGCUGGGUGGAGCUGAUUGGUCCUCCUGUGCUGCUGGGUCCUGGUCCUGAACAGGGAUUGGCUGCUGGAGGAGGGGUGGGGCUUAGCAGAGCGGUGGGAGUCAGAGAGGCUGCAGGUGUACUGCACAACAGGGUCAGAGGUCAGCGGGUGUCGGUGUGGGGUCAGGUGACGGCGCUCUGCCCCCUGCUGGUCGUCGCAGGAACGUCGUUCUUCUGCUUCUCGCUGACGGAGCAGCGUCAGACUCUACCUGUGCUGGUGAAGGACAGGCUGUGGUGGCGUCAGUGUGUGUGUGUCGGUCAGAGUGUGUGUGUGACGGCGCUGCGUGUGUGCGUCCUGCGAGGGUGGAGAGGAAACAACAUCCUGUGUGCGACCGACCGCUCUGAAAUACACACCGACUACACACCAACACACACACCUGAGGACCAGCUGGACACGCCCCCAUCAAUGAUGUCACACACUGAGGAGGAGGAGCCGGACAGAGACGUUGUCCAAUCAGGUGUCAGGAUGAAACAGUCCAGAGUCAUCAGUUACCAGGGCACGGUGACGGAGGUGGUGAGCGAGGGGGCGGGGCUGUACGUGAUCGACGGGCAGGUGGGUCUGUGCCUGGCCUAUCAGCCGAGUCUGAGGAGGAAGCUGAGAGCAGGAGACCGCAUCCAGCUCCAUCACGUCCACUUCCUGUACCGACCCUGUCCCGACUUUCCUCCCAGCAUGCUCUGCACCUGUCUGCGCUCCAGCCUCAGGGUCACCUGCUUCAGCAGGGUGGGGGGAGGGGGAGGGGGAGGCUCCACCUGUCCCGGCGACGGAGCGUUACCAUGGUUACUGCUGGAGAAAAACAUGGGCGUGGCCGAGUACCUGUGGACGUGUCACCUGAGCUCACAGCUCUCUCGCAGUCUGGUUACCAGGCAACAGUGUGUCUGCAUCCUGUCCUGGAGGCUGAUGGAGUUUCUAUGGAGACGAGGAGGAGGAGGAGGAGGGAGGAGAGACAUCUACUCUGAGAUGCUGGACGAGCCGCACACCUGUCCUCUGACUCAGUACAGCGUGGAUCCGGCCGUUCAUCAGUACGUCAGCGUCUCUGAGCUCCGUCAGUCUCUUCAGUCCAGCUCCUGGUCUUCAGUCUUUCUCAGCUCUCUGUUGCCUCCUGGUGGAUCCAGUCUGACCAGGUCUCAGAUCAACUCAGCUCUGUCCUGGUCCUACAGGACUCGGACCUCUGACCCCCGGACUGGAGACAGCCUCAGGCGGCGCCCCCUGCUGGUCGUCGGGGUUCUGGAGCUUCCGUCUCUGACGUCCGAACACAAACAGACUCUGCAGCUCAGAGACGGGACGGCGGCCAUCGCCUGCGUCGUCACGGAAACCAGCCAGGAGGAGGAGGGGGGGAGGGGGGCUCCAUUCAACACAGCCUGGAUAGGUUGUCUGGUGUGUGUCCAUCAGUUCACCAUGGUAACAGAGAGGUUCAUCCAAUCAGAUUUCCCCUCCUACCAACACCUGGACCAGGAGGAGUUCAUCACACACACACACUGCAGAGUUUACCUGCAGUUCUCUCUGAACCACCUCCACAUCCUGAGUCCAUCUGUCGCCAUGGUAACACACCAGAGAGAGAGGGGGGCGGAGCCAGGCGGUGAUGAGGAGGAGGGGGGGGGUCAGGCUGCAGGGAGGAAGAGGAGGAGAGAACCAGGCCCCUCCCACUCUGUCUCACCUGUCACCGUGACGACGGGCCCUGCGGGCGGAGCCUCCCGGCCCUGCGUCUCCAUGGUGAUCAGAGUGGAGCAGAAAGAGGGCGUGGCCUGGAUGAACACAGGGGCGGAGCCUGAUAAGGGGGCGGGGCUGGUGCUGACCUUCUCCAUCAGAGCUGCUGUGAUUGGUCCAGUGGUCAGCUGGAGGCGGGACCCGAAGAACCGACCAAUGACAGAGAGAGAGAGAGAGGAAGAGAGAGAGGAGAAGGUGCUCCUGGUCUUCUCAGGUGCGUCUGCUCGGUGGUUUCCUCUGAUCCAGACUGGACGUUUCUACAGACUCAUUGCUGCCAACACUCAGGAUCCCAGCGUUCUGAUUGGCUGUGGCGUCUCUGGGCGGAGCGGCGUGGAGCUGCACGCUGACUCCACCCUACAGGUCCGCUCUGAUUGGAGGAUCCACACUCUGACACGCCCACUGCAGCUGCUGAGGGUCAUCUGUGGACAGGUAACACACACACACACACACUCACCUGGACUCAAAGGUCUCAGAGGUCAAAGGUCACCUCUCUCUCUGUGUCCUCAGGCUCUCUCGCCCUCAGUCCUCUCUGUCUCUGACGUCCUGGACUCCAGUUCAGAGCUGGUGUGUUUUCAGGCUCAGGUGUCUGACAGGAUCAGUCUGAACGACAGGACGACCGAACACACACACACAGGUGUGCGUCUGACCGUGUGUGACCAAAGUGGGAGGAGUCUCCAGGUGUACCUGGACCUAAGCCACACCCCCUACCCACCUGGCCUGUUGCCAGGUAACACCGUGCUGCUGUCAGGGGUUCAGAGGAGGCGGUCCAGGUCUGGAGGAGUGUACUGCAGGUAUUUACCUGUCAGCUCUGUGACGGUCGUCAGUCUGGGAGAGAACAGCUCUGCUCGGCCUCCUCCUGCUCCCAUGAUGCACCUGGGUGUGUGGGCUCUGAGCACAGAGCACAGGUGCACUGUGAGUCAGGUCAAAGGUCACGUGGUGUGUUUCUUGUUCCUGCAUCUGCAGUGGAUCUGCUCACAGUGUGGGAGUCUGUACACACAGUCCUGUUCCAGUUCUCUGUGUGGAUCCACCUCCUCGGUCUUUGAGUCCACAGCAAAACUGGUGAUCGAUGACGGGACAGGUGAGGCUCACGUCUGGUUCUCAGGUGUUCUGGUCCGUCCUCUGCUGGGAUUGGCUGAUUCUCAGUGGGAGGGGCUUCAGAGGGCCGUCAGGGUUAGAGGUCACAUCAGAGUCUACCCCCGAGGCCGCAGCCUGGUGUGUGACGUCGACUCUGACGACUUCCUCCUCCACUUCCUGUUGUGUGUGUGCAGCAGUGACGCUGUGUGUCGCUCGCUCUCUCUCACCUGCAGGAAACACACCAACCAGAGACCAGAGGAGAUGAGGAGGUUCAGCCGAGGAGACCGAGACUUCAUGACCUGGGUGACUCCUCCUCUGCAGCUCACCUGUCUGCACAUCACUGACACACCUGACAGCGUCAUGUGACCUGGACCUGGAUCAGGUGGGAGGUCACCUGCUGUGACUCCUCCCUCACAAGAAGUGGGUCAGAAAUGAAUAAAGUCACCUCCACCUGAGAGCUGAGACCAGGUGUGAACAGGUGAUUUUCAGGUGUGGGCGGAGCCUCUGUUUCAUGUUAAUGUUGAAAUGUUGAUCUAAGUUAUUAAAUCUUCAGUUCUUCCUCUAAA